CUACACGUGAGUCGGAAGCUGUUCCCAAGCGGAGGCGCGCCUGCGCUCUAACCGCAGAGCCGACGGCUUUGCAAAGUGGCAGCUCAGGGAACCAGAGACAUCAGUCUAAAGCGCAGCUCCACCGGAGGACACGCACUGUGCAUCGUCUCCCCUCAGCCGUCCGUGUGUGUGGGUCGUGGGCACAUCAGCAACAUCAUCAUCAUCAACAACAACAACAACAACAGCAGCAGCAACGACGACCAUCGCCACAAAGGAGCUCGGCAGCAGCAGCAGAGACGCGAUGGAUGAAAGAAUAACGCAUUUACAGGACAGACAGUUUAUGGAGCACGCGGAUUUCUUGGGGGUGGAUUACUCCUCUCUCUACAUGUGCAAAUCCAAACGAGGAAUCAAACGCGAGGAUGGCGGGAAGGACGCCUACAAGUUACCUCACCGGUUGAUAGAGAAGAAGAGGAGAGACAGAAUCAACGAAUGUAUUGGCCAGCUGAAGGAUUUGUUACCCGAACAUCUGAAGCUGUCGACGCUCGGGCAUCUGGAGAAAGCGGUCGUCCUGGAGUUAACGUUGAAACAUUUGAACGCUCUGACGGCCGUCACCGAGCAGCAGCACCAGAAGAUUAUUGCUUUGCAGAAUGGCGACCGGACUAUUAAAUCGUCCAUGCACGCAGACCUGGAUGCGUUCCACUCCGGCUUCCAGGCCUGUGCCAAAGAGGUCCUGCAGUACCUGGGCCAGUUUGAGAACUGGACGACACGCGAGCAGCGGUGCGCGCAGCUCAUCAACCACCUUCACAAGGUGCUGGCGCAGUUCCAGGCCGGCGCGCCGCCGCUCCAGCACCAGCUUCCCGCCGCCGGGGACGCACAGGAUGGGCAGAAAGCCGACAGCCAAGCUAAUUGUGUCCCGGUCAUCCAGAGGACCCAAGGCGGGGAACUCAACGAGAACGACACGGACACGGACAGCGGCUACGGGGGCGAGGCUGAAAAGGGCGAUGGCAAAGAUAAAGAAUGCGCGCGCAAUGCCGCGCAGGGACCCAAGGCAGUGAAGAUCAAACAAGAGUUUGGAGAUGAUCGCGUUGCCAAAAAACCAAAGAUGAACUGGCCUGGGAACGGGUCAGGUGGCACAGACCCCACUAGGCCCGACCUGGCGUUUAUGAACUCUCUGAUGGGAAUAAGCGGUGUGGGACAGCAGACACCUAUUUGCAUGCCUUUCUACUUCAUCAACCCUUCGGCCGCGGCUUCUUAUAUGCCCUUUUUCGACAAAAGCAACAUUGAAAAGUACAUGUACCCAGCGGCGGCCGCUCUGGCAUCUCCUUUCCCCUGGCUGUACCCCGCGCACGCGUCAGCGGCGGCGGCGGCCGCAGCGGCGGCGGCGGCGGCGGCGGCUUUCCCCGGCUUGUCCGUGCAGGUUGGAGCCUCUUCUGGGUCCAAGGACUUCCACAGUCCAGAGAGCGACGAGUCACGCGAUGCCGAGUUAGGGUCACCAGAGGAGCGCGAGGAUAGUCCCGGGAUUGACUACGGGGAGGAUGACGUAGCAGAUGCGUCCCAAGAGAGCGAGACCAGUCCUCGCGCUCAGUUUUCUGCGUGUCAAACGAGCUAAUCGGGCUGUCCUUUGUUACAUUUCAGUGCACUCUACUGAAGAGCGUGAUUUUUUUUAUUUUUAAAGUUAACCUACUGAUAAAGCGAGGUUUCACAGACAUUCUCAUGUACAAAACAGUUGUGACUGAGUGUGCCUUUUGCACUUCUGCUAGAUUAGUCAAACUCAAUGAUUAUCGACAAUGAUUGAAAUUAAUACACAGCUGUGUUGUGCUGGAGUUAGUUUUUUAUCCUCUUUGAUAAUAUAUUUUGAAGCGGCAGCAUUGGUGCCAAAACUUUGCGUAUACGUCACUAGGGCGCAAUACCCCAAUCAGCGUGUCUCUUUGGAUGUAUGAAGUUGCAACUGACCUCUGCCAAGGUUAUUAAGUGCUUGGCUGACUCUGAGUGUAAAUAGUAUUACCUGGAAGAAUGUCGGAUUCAUGAACAUGUCAAUGGAGCUGUUAGAAGUGCCCCCAGAAGUGAAAUGGCCACAGUACCUCAUCCCCCAUUCGGGACUGUAGGCUGAUUGGGAGAGAAAAAACUGGUAUGCCCAUCAUUUACAAUACAAACAAUUUUCAUUUACACACUUUACAGAGUGUAAAAUAAAAUGCCGAUGACUGAAAUCAUUGGGGGGUAAUUGAAAGAAGAAACCCUUCGUUCACAAGGGGUCACCUGACCUGAAAUUGUACAUCUCCAGAAUGAGGCAUUUCAACCCCGGGAUGCGGUGACCUCCUGUACCUCCAAGAAGCGUCGUAGGAUAGCACCUUAUUGAUCUUUGAUAUUGAAUGUAACUGUAUUUUCCCAGCUAUUAAAGUUUGUAUGUAGGAUGAUCUUUACUCUUUCAGAUGUAAAGUGCACUUUUUCUGCUCUUUCUCCCCCAAAAAGUCCCCUCAUAGGAGUCAAUAUCAGAAGUUCUCUCAGAACAUUUUCACUGUGUUGAGUUGUCUUCAAAUAGUAACACAAAAUAUUUGAUUUAAGGAGGGCAGAGAUGUGUCAUAUCCAUUUGACAAAAUAUGUUUAGUUCUGGCUCUUUCAACACAACACCAUUCAGAUCAUAAUCAGAUUUGAAAACCUCCUGUUUUUUUUGUUUUAUGCUAUAAUUAUGUUAAACGUUGCUAAUCAAAUAUUUUACAAAGGUGGGAUAGAAGCUCUAGUCAUGUGACCAUCACUUAUUCACACAUUUUAAGAACCUUUGAGUCUAUCUUGGCCUGUUUUCUAUGAGAUUAAUUCCUGAAAGUAUAGUGAUAUUCAGCUUCAAGUUUCACAUGUGACCGAAUUAACAGAUGAUUUUCAUUGCUUUUGUAGUUUUCUUCGGCUGGUUUAGCCUCAACUCUGUUAUAUAACGUGGCAUGUGUGUCUGUAAAUAUUUUUUGUGAAUAUACCAUAAAAUAUACAUGUCUGUCAAUGUUGUAGAAGUCUAUGGAUUUUUUUAAACAUUUAACCGAGCAGCUGUUGCACAUUUCGUUAAUGCUUUACACAUAUGCUGUUAUAAAUUAUUGCUGAUGAGUUGUAAAAUAAAUAUCAAAACUAAACUCU